AUGGAUAGGGAAGCAUUCAGUACCGCGGGUUUGAUCGUCCAGUUCUGGAAUCCAUUACACGAUAACAUUGUUAUCUGGUUUGCAGUCAUUGAAGGCAUUCUUCUGCCGAUCGCUCUCUACAUAACUGACGACCCCUUUAGGGACGCCGUGAAGAGGAGUUUCCGUAGAAAAAACUACCGGUGCUCUGAUAUCAGUAAAAGCACUGAGGGUCCGUUUCCGCUAUACUUUAAUGACUUCGCGCUAAUCGAUAAGCCAUACGUCGGUGCCAUGAGUUCAAUACCGACCGCUAAACUCAAUACCUCUCCGUCGCCGUUGACUGUGGUCUCAAACUAUAGGCGCUCAUCGAUGAGGGCUAAUGAGAAACACCGGCGAACCAACGCUAAUGAGCCGCUAAUGCGGGCCAACGCUAACGGUCUGUCCUCGUCGUCAUCGCUGCGGAAAUGCAAACCACCGAAAGGUAACGACAAAUACAUGUUUCUCAGCAUUUAUGGCGUCGACAAAGUCAUACCAGUGACCAAACCGGGCGUACAAUACAAUACGGGCACCAGUAGUCAC